AAAACCUAAUGAAGAAAUCAUUGAUUCUGAUCAAUCAUCUAACUCUUCUAGUGAUAAAGAGGAUUCAGUUAAUGAGGAUUUGGUUGAUGAGAAAACUGAUGAAAAAUUUAUGCUAAAUGAAGAUAUUCCAGUUGAUUUAUUCACAGCUCCUAAUUUUGAUGAUUUUGAUGAUGGAUCAAGUCUUCAAACAGAUAAUUAUGAUAACUUAUAG